CAAUUCACAAGCUUCCUUCCCCGCUGGUUAUGGCGGGUACGUACGGCUCCACCAUUGCUCUCUCCCUUCCUUCCAACAAGUUCACCAUUUGCACACCCAAGCCACUGCUUUCAGUUUCAUCCUCCAUUUCCAUUUCAUCUCGUUCCAAGCUCCGAACAAGAAAAAAUCACUUGCGCAUCAAAAUUCUCAAAACCCUAGCUAGACCUCCUCCUUUCUCUCUCUCUCCUAUUCCUCCUGAAACCCAAUCUCCAAUUCCGAUCGUCUCGCCGGGAACUUCAGGUCCUGUCGAUGUCGAGACCGAGGUUUUGUCUCCGGCGGAAUCCUGCCCUUCCUCCACGGACGGCGAAUCUCGACUCUCCGAGAGCUCGAGCACUGCUUCGUUGUUUAAUUUUGACGUUGCCAAAUUUUCUUGGGGAAGUUUUGUCAAGCUUGGCGUUUAUUUUCUUGCCGUUUUUGCGUUUCAGACAAUUUGUACUGUGUGGGUCUUAGAAUAUGGUAGUUCGAGUAAGGAAGAUACGAGUUCAAAUGAAGAUUUGAGCGUUAGGAGAAACAGCGGAAGGGAAGUGUUGUUGAAUGGAAAUGAGAGAAUUGGCCUUGGAAAUGUUGGGUCGAAAAGAAACAAGUUGGUUUAUUUGGAGGAAACGAAAAUGAGAGAAAAAAUUGAAGAGAUAAGAUCGAUGGCUAGGGCAGCAAGGAUAGAGGAGAAAAAUAAAAGGUCUGAUGAUUUUGGGGAAGACGAUAUGGAGGGUGGAAAUGCAAUUUCCAGAGCUAGGAUUGAUAUCGAGAAAGAGGUAGAUGCUCGACUUGUUAAGUUAGAGAAGAGGCUAAAUUCUUCCAAAGAAAAGAUACCGGGUUCAUCGAUGAAUUAUUUGCUCAAGUCUGAAAAUGUUGAGGAUGCAGUUGAAAGGAAUAGUUUCAAUGGUGAAGAGAGGGACAAGAGUCUAAUGUUUAAGAAAAAAAUGAGAUACAGAAACUCAUCUAGUCAUAGAAUUAAGAAGCCUAAGGGGUUUCAAGGUUUUGUAUCUAAUGGGAAAAAGAGUGGCUCGAAUGGCAAGGGUACAACAAAGGGAGGUGCAAAUUUUGUUGUUGAUAAGAUGGGAGUGAAGGAUACUGAAAAACGGGUAGGUAACAAAAUCAUGGAUACUGUUUCAGAGAUGUUCGAAGAUGAUGGCACAAAUUUUGCGAGAAACGAAUUAGUAUUACCACAGGAAAAUGAUAAAACGAAUUUGGAUCUUGGAAUUAAGGCUUCGAGUUCAAAGAAUAAGCCAAGUAAUGGCGUUGUUCAGGAGACUUCUUCAGUUGUGAUAUCGAAAUCACAGAAUUUAAAAGAUGUAGUGGAGAAAAGUUCUUCUUCGGCGAGUUCAGUUGACAGUGUUGAAAAGAAAUCUAAGGCUGGUGAAGAUAGAAGGAAACAAUCAAACAAGAAAGCCGAUUUAUGGUGGUUGAAUCUUCCUUAUGUUCUAGUUAUUGUUAUGCGUCAAGGUUCCGAUGAAGAACUAGAUGGACUUUUCACCAUAAGGAUUCCUUCCGCGACACAAGAUAUUGAGGAAUCUACAUAUACGGUUGCUUUUGAAAACCAUGUCGAUGCAAAUAACUUCUGUUUUCUUCUGGAAUCCUUUUUUGAUGAGCUCGACAAUUUCACAACCGAUGUUGUUCCUCUGCCAACAAAAGAACUCGAGAAGGUCAUAAAAUCACAUACAAGCAAAAUGAUUGUUGUGAAGAAGGGGCAACUCCAGCUCUAUGCUGGCCAACCGUUUGCCGAUGUCGAGAUGGCUUUGUAUUCUUUGGUUGAACGAAACGAGAAUGUUAUUUCUUUACAUUCCAGUUAGGAACCACAUGGCCAGAGGAAGAUCGGGUUUCAUGUUCGAUCUGUCACCAAUGCAGCUAUCAAACCUGCCCAAGAUGGUGAAAAUUUGCAACUGAAAAUGGGAGCUUUGCCACCAUUUCCCAGAUUUCGCGAUGAUAUGAAUUUCUUCAUAGGAAAAUCCGUAAGUGAUUUUUUGCUUUAAAUAGUUCAGAGAGUUGCGUUUAGGAUUGAAUUUCACUUUCACCCCACAUGGUUGUCUUAACAUAUAUAUAUUUUGAAGCAUUUAUUCAUGAAAUCUUGGUUUGUCAGAGAGAUGAUUAUGGAAGAAUGUUCAUGAACGGUCGAUUCAAGCAGAUAAUUUUUGAACUAAA